GCUGGGCCGGGACCGACCUUUGCGGCAAACAGGGCAUGGCUUUUUCAUCCCGGGACCACACUUCAAGCAGGGGACGUACGGCGACAAGAUGCUGGACCCGUGCCUCAUGCCGCAACUUUGUUGGGCACCAGCGGUCCAGGGCUGCGACUCCCGCCGAGGACCGGAUGCUUUGGAUCUUCGGCCGCUUUCUACGCCGGAUCUCCAGGUGGGGCGGAAAAAGCCUGUGCUGGGAGAGCCCAUACCGGAAUCCGUGCGUGGAAAUGUUGCCUACGAGAGGCGUGCCAGGCGGAACAAUGAGGCCAUCCGGAAACGUCGCACAGAGGCUUUGACGGAGCAGCGCCGCUUCGAGAACGGGGUCUUCCAAGGCAUCUGGCGAGAUCCUCUGCUUGAUGGCCCCAGCCAUGCCUGCGAGAGCCAUGGUGAUUUUAGCCUGUUGGAAG